AUGCCGAACACGGUCAGAGAUGUGCACGCCAAUAACGCCGAUGUCCACGUGGGCAACACAAUCAACGUCCACCCCACAGCGGACCGAUGUCUCGCAGACUUGCGUACGACCGACCCUCGCAUCGAUAAGAAGCGGAUCGAGGAUACGCAGGGCGGCCUACUACACAGCGUCUCAAGCUGGAUCUUUACCAACGAUGACUUCCUCCGAUGGCGCGACGGCGAAGCCUCUCUACUAUGGAUCAAAGGCGAUCCUGGCAAAGGCAAGACGAUGCUACUAUGUGGCAUUAUCGACGAGUUAUCACCCGCAACAAAACUGAAGAACAAAGAUGCCAAUACUCUGCUCUCGUACUUCUUCUGCCAGGCUGCCAAUCUUGCUAUCAAUAAUGCGACUGCCGUACUACGGGGCCUUUUACCAGGUGGUCAAACAGCAACCGAUUCUCAUUUCCCACCUACGAGAUAA